GAUAAGAGAAAACAAGGUAAGAGUUUUUGUGUGUUCUGAGAUUUUGGUAUUUUCAGUGCGUUAGUGAACAGAAAGUCCCAGUCUGUGCCCAGCGUCUACUUUUCAAAUUUCUUCGUGUAAAUUAAUUCACCUUUUACAACUCAUUUCAAUUUCGUAUUUGCAGCACAACAGUGUCCUUAGAAGUUGCUCUCUUUGUGAAUAAAAAAAAAAUUGUUUUGUUUCAAACAAUGAUGAGACAGGUUGAUUCUUGACGAAUAGUACGAUAAUUAAUGAAUAUGAGUCAGAGGAAAAUGGGCCCUAAAUUAGGAACUGCGGCAGACAUGUCUAUCAAAACUGAUAGACACGCUUGGCUAAUUGAAAUCAGUGUUUCUUAAAACGCGUGGUAAGAUUUAACUAUUGCACCGUGUUACCUUCUGUUAUCAGGUGGAUUCGUUGCCUCUCUUCCUGCUGGAGCAUCUGACUCGCGUUCCUCCCUCUCAUCUCCCGUCAUCAACGUCCAUUACUACGAAUGGAAGUGUUUACGUUUCUGGUAUUUCAUUGGCGCUACUGAUGCUCGAGACUGGUAUACAACGUCGUUGAUGUUGUUACUGAGGACAGUGACAUCAAACCAAGCAAUGGUGCUUUUUUUUGCGGAUGAAGUGACAGAUAAAGCGCGGUAUACACAGAUACCCUUAUCGAGAAAUUCCACUAACUCACAGAUUUUUUUUGAGGGCUUCAAUGAGUUACCUGGUGGACAGUUUUUAGCCAUUGAUGACGUUUCCUUCUCCAAAGAGCCAUGUAAACAAAUUCCUUGGAAACAAGAUGGAGAAUGCCGAAAAGAUCUCGGCAUGGAAAACAGUGCGAUCUCUGACAGACAAAUUACUGCCUCUUCGCAACUGGAUGCCAAUCACGCUGCCAUCCAAGGCAGACUAAACUUUAAAGCAACGGCAAACAAAGCAGGCUCUUGGUCAGCUGGCAGCAAUGAUUCCAGUCAAUGGCUGCAGGUUGAUCUGGGCAGUCAGCACACUAAAGUGACACUUGUAGCAACUCAAGGUAGUGACGAUUCACCACAGUGGGUAACCAAGUACAAACUGCAGUACAGUAACGACGGAGAGACCUUCCACUAUUACAUGGAACAAAGAAAAAAGGAAAAAAAGGAUUUUGCGGGAAACACAGACCAGUACUCUGUUGUCUACCAUGAGUUAAAUCCUCCAAUCAGAGCACGCUACAUGCGCUUUAGACCAGAGGCUUGGCAUGGCCACAUAUCAAUGAGGGUGGAGCUGUAUGGCUGUCGGAGAGCAUGUCAAGAAGAUCUCGGCAUGGAAAACGGUGCAAUCCUUGACGGUCAAAUUACUGCUUCUUCACAAUGGGAUGAAAAGCAUGCUCCCUUCCAGGGCAGACUACACUUUCAAGCAAGUGAAAAUAAACAGGGAAGUUGGGUAGCUGCCAGAGGAGAUCUCCAUCAAUGGCUCCAGGUUGAUUUGGGCAGUCGGUUCACUAAGGUGACACGAGUAGCAACGCAAGGGCGAAAUGGUGGUUGUUGCCAGUGGGUAGAACGCUACAAGCUGCAGUAUUGUGACGAUGGAGUGAACUUCCACUACUACAGGGAACAAGGACAAACUGCAGAUAAGGAAUUUUCUGGAAACACAGACACUGACACUGUUGUUUAUCAUGACUUAAACCCACCAAUCAGGGCACGUUAUAUCCGUUUUCGACCAGAGUCUUGGUAUAACGCCAUAUCACUGAGGGCUGAGCUUUAUGGUUGUCAUGGAGAAUGCCAAGAAGCUCUAGGUAUGAGAACCGGUGCAAUCUCUAACGCACAAAUUAGUGCUUCGUCGGAAUGGGAUUCCAAUCAUGCCGCCAUCCAGGGCAGACUUAACUUUAAAGUUAUUCCACGGAAGUCAGGAUCUUGGUCAGCUCGCAGAAAUGAUUUAAAUCAAUGGCUGGAGGUCUUCCUGGGAGAUCAGCUGACCGAUGUAACAGGUGUCGCAACGCAAGGAAGAAGUGAUAUCAAUUUCUGGGUAAUCCGGUACAAGCUGAUGUUCAGUGACAAAGGAGGGACGUUUCAGUACUACAGAAAGAAUGGUCAAACUUCAGUUAAGAUUUUUAGUGGAAAUAGAGACCGGAACACUGUUGUCCGUCGUAACCUAAACCCAGCAAUCAGAGCCGUACGUUAUAUCCGUUUCCAACCAGUAUAUUGGAGGGGGUUGAUAUCAAUGAGAGUGGAGUUAUAUGGGUGUCUGCAUGGUACUGUGGGAGGAUGUUGGCAAGCUCUCGGCAUGGAAAGCGGUGCAAUCUCUGACAAACAAAUUAAAGCUUCUUCGCAAUGGGAUUCCAAUCAUGCUCCCUUCCAGGGCAGACUACACUUUCAAGGAAUUUCUUUUAAAGCGGGAUCUUGGUCAGCUGGCAAAAAUGAUCUCCAUCAAUGGUUGCAAGUUGAUCUGGGUAGCCAGUACUCUAAAGUGACACGUGUAGCAACGCAAGGAAGGAAUGCUUACAAUCAGUGGGUAACCAAGUACAAGCUGCAGUACAGUAACGAUGGAGUGACCUUCCAGUACUACAGAGAACGAGGAGAAACUGUAGAUAAGAAUUUCACUGGAAACACAGACCGGGAUACUAUAAUUUUUCAUGAACUAAACCCACCAAUCAGAGCACGUUACAUCCGUUUCCUCCCAGAGGCUUGGUAUGAGCACAUAUCGAUGAGGGUGGAGUUGUAUGGCUGUCCAGCUUGUCUAGACGCUCUUGGCAUGGCAAAUGGCGCAAUCUCUGAUGGGCAAAUUAGUGCUUCUUCGCAAAUAGAUUCCAGUCAUGCUGUUACUCAGGCCAGACUUCACUUUAAAGCAACUGCAGGCAAAGCAGGAUCAUGGUCAGCUCGCAGUAACGAUGUAAAUCAAUGGCUCCAGAUUGAUCUAGGGAGUCGGCACAACAACGUCACACGUGUGGCAACACAAGGAAGAAAUGAUUCCCUUGAGUGGGUAACCAAGUACAAACUGCAAUACAGUAACGAUGGUGUGAACUUCCAGUACUACAGAGAACAAGGACAAACUGCAGAUAAGAAUUUUACUGGGAACGAAGACCAGGACAGUGUUGUGCACAAUGAAUUAAACCCACCAAUCAGGGCACGUUUUAUCCGUUUUCUACCACAAGAAUGGGUUGGUCACAUAUCAAUGAGAGUGGAGCUGUAUGGCUGUCAAGAUGACCGUUUAUGUGACAUGUCCGUUGACUGGUGUGGAUGGAAAAAUGUGCUUGGUUGGAAAAGAAUCAAAUACAAAGAGCUUAACCAGGAGCAUCAAGAUGAGAUUGACGAAGGCAACUACGAGAUUCAUCUUCCCGACAUCAGUGGUGGCUACGUGUCAUUCCCACAUUUCCCAUGGCGUGGUAGCGACUUUACCAUCUGCUUCUGGUUGAAGACGAAACACAGUGGCUUUUUCAUCGAAUACGAAGUCGCCGCCUCUAUAGAGCAAAAUGUUACGCUGGUGCUGGGGCUUUACUUUCAUAGCCGCAGUUUUGAAAUUCUAUUUGGCAGCAUAAGAAGCAAUAUCCCAAUGGGCGUGACAGACGACAUGUGGCAUCACGUUUGUGUGGUAUGGGAAGGUGAGCGCGGGCUCUUGGCAUCCUUCAAAGAUGGCGAAAGAAAUUAUCAAUCAAAUGAGUUUCGAGCAGACUCACUUGAUGUGAGGAUUGGAGGCAUAGGAACUACGACUAUAGGCUUCAGAGCAACAAACAAAACUGAGUCCAAUGACCUUGUAAAAUUGAGUGGCUUCAAUGAGUGGACGUAUGCAAUAAUCGCAGAGGAGGUAUUGCGCAUGUCAUAUGGAUGUGGUCAUGAGGCAGGAAACGCAAAGGCGUGGGAAAUAGUUAAACAAGGAUUGAAGAAAAACGUUACGGUACAAUGGUUUCGAACUUGCAACGAUAGAAAAGGUGACCGACUUGUCAUAGAUACCAACGCAACUGGCUUUAACCAGGCCGCUGUUCUUGUGAGCCCAGUAUACAGCAGAUCACACUAUGGGCACAGCAAAUGCUUAAGGUUUCGUUACAUGUUGAAGGGACCUGGAGAAAAAGCACUGACAAUUUAUCAGAUAGCAGACAACGGUCGACAAAUGCCAGUUUGGGUUUCUAAAAAGGAAACUGGUUCGAACUGGAUUUAUGGCCAAGUUCCAUUGAGCUCUAUUUCGAAGUUUCAGGUAUCGAUAAAAGGUGAAGCAGAAAAGAGUAAUGACUUAAUAGCAUUGACUGGACUGUACAUUGACGGAGAGAGAUAUUGCAAACACGAGCCACUGUCGGCCAAACAAGCUUGCAGUGAGAACUUAUUCAACAUGUCAGGAUAUUUCUUCUCUCCAUCAUUUCCUGGAUAUUAUCUUGAUGACAUGUUCUGCGCGUGGUACAUCACCGUCCCACCUGGUUACGUCAUUAACCUGAAAUUCCAAGAAUUCCGACUCAAAGAUGAUCCCAUGUGCGAAAACUGUUUUCUUCAGAUUUUUGAUGGGCGCGACAAGACAGCACCCAUAAAAGGCAGAUUCUGUGGCUAUAUGUAUCCUCCUAUCUUAGUCUCGUCGUCAAAUCAUUUUACGGUUGUCCUUUCUUGUAGUGGAAAUUUGCACAAAGCAAGGUUUAAGGCCCUCUAUUACGCUGUUGGUGCUCUUCAGUAUUCAGAAUCGUCUUGUCUGCGUCAACAAGGGUGUCCGUCGAGCUGCGAAUGCAAAGAGUUUGGCGAAAAUCAACGCAAGAAGAUUCUGGUCACUGGAGAGGAUUUGCUUACUGUUCCGAGAAACCUUCCUUUCAACACUGGAGCAGUGCAUUUCCAGCAAAACCGGAUCUCCCAGCUACGGGAGAAGGAUUUUGCAGACCUCCCGAAACUGGAAUAUAUCGAUAUGAGUUUCAAUGUUCUCAUUCACCUUGAUGAAGAGUCUUUCCAUAAUGUAACGUCCGUCAAGACUCUGAGACUGGAUUUUAACUUUAUUCGUGCUCUCCCUGUUGGGGCGUUCAGUGGACUUCCUAGUUUACGCGUCCUUGAUUUAGGAGCAAACCUUCUUCGCAAAGCCGUUAGUGGAUUAUUGGAUGGACUGCUUCAGUUAGAAGUUUUGGGCUUGCGUUCAAAUCAGUUAAAUGAGUUGGAAUAUGGAGUGUUUGGAAACAAUAGCAACAUGAACCACUUGUACCUCCAGGAAAACAAGCUCACAACAUUACCAGAUGGCCUGUUUGGAGCUCUGUCACAACUGAAGUUAUUGAAUCUAAGCAGCAAUGAACUGACUGAAGUUUCGAAGGACACUUUUCGAGGAUUGAUCUCGUUAGAAUACCUGUAUCUGGACAGAAACAAACUCGCUAAAGUACCUUCAGAUGCAUUUGGUGAAUUGACCAACCUGAAAUAUGUGAAACUGGAUCGCUUCAUUCUCUGCUGCUAUGCCGAGAAAUCAAUCGUAGGAGUUGACUGUGAGUCUCCAGUCGAUGAAUUCUCAAGCUGUGACGACCUCAUGAAAAACAAAACUGUCCAGAUUUGUAUUUGGAUUCUCGGAAUCCUUGCCUUCCUCGGUAACCUCCUUGUCAUAAUAUGGCGGAUCAUUGAUAAGGAAGAGAACAGGGUUCAUUCUUUUUUGCUAACAAAUUUGGCAGUUGCCGAUAUGUUGAUGGGCGUGUAUCUAUUGACAAUCGCAAUUAUGGACGUCAGAUGGCGAGGGGAAUACUUUAAGCAUGACAUCGAUUGGAGAUCUGGGCUGGGGUGCCAAAUUGUCGGAGUUCUUUCCAUGCUCUCCAGUGAAGUAUCUGUGCUGAUUCUAACCAUUAUUACAAUGGACAGAUUUCUCUGUAUCGUCUUCCCUUUCAAGUUCAAGCGCCUCACUUUCAAAACUGCCUCUUUUGCAUGUAUAGUAGUGUGGAUAUUUGGUGUCGUCAUAUCUGUAAUUCCCAUCGCAGGGUUCGACUACUUUUACGACAACAGCGGUUACUUUGGUUUCUACAGCCGCUCUGCCGUUUGCCUUCCUCUUCAGCUGUCUGAAGGAAGACCAGUGGGAUGGGAAUAUUCUGUUGUCUUUUUCGUCGGUUUAAACUUCGUUUCUUUCAUGUUUAUCCUCGUCGCCUACAUUACAAUGUUUUGGACAGUAAAGCGCUCGUCCCGAGCUGUGCGAUCGACAAAUUUAAACAAAGAAUCCGCCAUGGCCAAGCGGCUUGUCUUCAUUGUGAUGACAGACUUUUGCUGUUGGAUGCCAAUAAUUAUAAUCAACAUUUUAUCUCUGACUGGAAAUUUUGACGAUCCAGACAAAAUUGCUUAUGUGUGGAUAGCAGUGUUUGUUCUUCCACUGAACUCUUCCCUCAAUCCAAUUCUGUACACGUUUUCCACCGAGAGGGCCAAACGAAGCUUAACCCAGAGGAGAAAAAAAGUCACUGGUUUCGUUAUGAAGACGAUAAACGGCCGAGGGGCAGAUGAAAAUCAGUCGGUUGCUCGACUGAGAAAUCAUGGUGACAACACUGCUCAAUCCAACAUCAGUUCCAGUCCUUCGCAAUUACCCAAAGCAGUGGGAACACCGGAACAAGAGAGCAGACAAGUUCAUGUCGAGCUGAGGCUGAUUGAAGAAGUUAACAUACUCCAAGACGACACUGCAGGAAACCGUUCAACAGGUUAUGUUACAGCUUGGUGCGAAGAAGGAAACAUUUUAAGUAUGGUGCUUCUGAAAUACUUUGAGAAAGAAUUGAAAGAAGAAUGGCAUCGAGAGGCUGAUAUAGUACAGAGCCUGUCUUGUGGUGUAGAGCCGCAUGCCAAUCUACUUCAUUAUCGCUGGCACUCCAAAGCUUGCGACCAAAAACUUGAACAUGGGAAAGAGCAUAUUCGUGCGUUACACUCAAACAGUUUUCUUAUUUGCUACGAUUUUGUGUCAAGUUCAACAUUGGAAGAUUUCCUUUGCGAGAAAGGAACUGUUCUUAACUUCGAUGCAGUGUGUGCUAUUGCCUAUGACGUCAUCAGCGCCAUAGAACGACUACAGGAUCUUGGGAUACUCCAUAACAACAUUUCAACAAGCAAUAUUCUGAUUGGUCAGUGCCCAAGACUUCCCCCUAUAAGAGCAGUCUUGGGUGGAUUUUCUCGAGCGUCCAAUUUGAAGAAAGCCGGUGCCCAUGGCAACGGGUCGGUCGAUGAACAGAGUAACUAUAGCAACGAUAUUGAGCAAUUUGGACAGUUGUUAGCUACCUUAUUAGAAAACUGCCAUGGCUCCAGUGAAUACAACAAGGUGCAUGAAGUUAUGAACCUUUGUUUUGAAGAGAAUGUAGAAAAACACCACGGAGUGUCAUACAUUCGACGUUUACUGGAAGAAGCUUGGUGUACUGACGGAAUGUGGGAUACAUACCUUUGAAUAGAACUGACUGGAAUUAUCACUUUCGGAUUAUUAAAUACAAGACCAGAAGUGAUGCUUUUAUGUCCCUUUUAAUGUUACGGAGAAUUUUGUUCCUAGUUCCUACUUACACUUCAUUUUCAAGCUAACACAGUUUAUAAACUGUAUCUACAUCUGGAACAUCGCUGAGUUAUAUAAAGUUAAAGAAUACUUAAGAGUAAAUGUCAGUAAAAAUCAAAGAUUAUCGGAAAAAUCGCGGACACGGCCAAAAAUC